AUGGCGUCUUCUUUUGUUGCCCAGCCUGCUGGCUAUGGCAUCACGGAUGCGGAGCCCAACAUGCCGGCUCAUGGCAGCGGCAUGGUGCAGCCACUGCCGCCAGUGCGCGGCCUCAAGCUGUCUAAUUUCAAGCUCGUCAGAACGCUCGGCACAGGGACAUUUGCGCGAGUCUGCCUUGUCCGGCCAGCCGGCGCAACUGUGGCGCUUGACCAGGAAGAUGCCGAAGUGUAUGCCUUAAAAAUUCUUCGAAAGACAGAGGUCAUCAAGCUAAAGCAGAUCGAUCAUGUGCGUCACGAACGCGCUGUCCUGGCUGAUGUUGCCGGCCACCCCUUCAUUACGAACCUGAUCGCCUCAUUUGCCGACGCUGACUCUCUCUAUAUGCUCCUGGACUAUGUACCUGGCGGCGAGCUCUUCAGCUAUCUCAGAAAGUUUCGUCGCUUUGACGAGCCGGUCGCCCGGUUCUACGCUGCGGAGAUUGUUUUAGUUCUCGAGUACCUCCACGAGCAUCAGGGUGGCGUGGCUUACAGGGAUCUCAAACCUGAGAACCUGCUUCUCGACAGGAAUGGCCACAUCAAGCUUGUUGACUUCGGGUUCGCCAAGCGGCUUGGGCAUCACGACGACCGACCUGUAGAGACGUACACACUCUGCGGGACACCGGAAUACUUGGCACCGGAGGUGAUACAAAACAAAGGACACACUACAGCCGUGGACUGGUGGGCGCUCGGCAUUCUACUAUUCGAGUUUCUUACGGGCUAUCCCCCAUUCUGGCACCAAAAUCCGCUUGAGAUAUACAAACAGAUUGUAGAGAAACGCAUCACUUUCCCAGCAGACCCGCCAAUCUCUCAACAGGCUAGGGACAUCAUUUGCUCUUUCUGCACGGUCGAUCGAUCACGGAGACUAGGAAACCUUAGCGGCGGAGCAGGUAGGGUAAAAUCGCACCCCUUCUUCCGGGAUCUCAGCUGGGAUGAUAUACUGCAGCGACGGACCUCGGGGCCAAUUAUCCCGCCCGUUCGCUAUCCUGGCGACGCGCAGUGUUUCGACAUAUAUCCAGAGGACGACGGGAAGCGAGACACAUAUACGUUAGACAUGGCCCAUCAGUAUGAUCAGUACUUUAUCGACUUUUAG